CGCUAGCAGUAGUAGUGCGAGCAAGCGUAGUGGCAGUGAUGAUCUUUCCGACGGGUCGUGCGAUGGUUCGUUCACUUCUCAAGGGAAACUCCAUCCCACCCCUGGUUCUCCGGACCUUCUCGCCGUGAACCAACACGACAAAAUAUCAUUUGUAAAAACAUCCCCAGACCGAGACCAGAGUCAAGAUGGGAAAUCUGCUAGACAAACCAGCCAACUUUGGUCGUUUCGCAUGACAGGUUUAUCCUCGUAGUGUGAUCCUGUUUAGCUAGUUUAGCGGUAUCACAGGUCUAGCAUCUCAUGCUGAUUGUAGCAUCACAAAUUCCAAAACACGACUAGAAAAAGCUUUUCAUGUGGCUUCGCAUGAGAAACUUUUUUGGCAUGCAGAUUUGCGUGACAACUCUGGGUUGGGGAUGUUUUUACUCAGGAUACAAAACCGCCGCGCCCUUGUCGGCAUUGAUCGUGACGCCCCUAAUUCUAUCAACUGCAAAUAUGUCUCGGUCUGGAAAUCUGUAAUGCGGAAUGGUCAUGAGUGAGAGAGCGCGCCUUUGAGUGCAGUUUUGCAUGACAAAUUUUUGAAACGCUUUCUCAUACUCAGUGCGCAUUACAAACUGCGCUUUUUCAUGGCGAAACUGUGGCGCUUUUGUUGCUUUUAUGCAAUACAAAUAUAAUUUCUGGAGUCCUGGACACGCAAUACAAGUUCAACCUUUCCAGACCCAGACACUUUUGCAUUUGAUAAAUUCCGAAGUCCCGCGUGGAAUACGAGAUUUUGCACGGGAAAUACACGUAGGAACUGCAAAUUAUAUGUCUGGGUCUGGGAGAUUGCGAGAUUUGUCAUGUUAGUCUGGCAUGACUCGGAACUCUGUAUUGCGUGUCCGCGAAGAGCUCCUCCUGUCUGUCAUGCAAAAACGCAGUUUCUCAUGCGGAGUACGCAACUCUGAACCACGGAAAAAGUUGUCAUGCUGGGGAGCGCAUUACAGUGUGCUCACUAUUCGCUUCCUUGCAUCACAUGUUUCCAGACCCAGACAUAUUUGCAAUGCAUAACACGGAGGAGCGGACCCUGUGCAUCUUCAUGCAGGCGGACCGGCUGUCGAUGAAAAGAUUACUGGCGAUUCGCGACACCUGGGGCGCUCUGACGGACUCGCUUUGGCUCUACAGAACCGGAAACCACGACGUGGAUGUUGACGAGGAGGGCAGCGCAGCGCCGCAGGAGGAUGGUACGGACAGGUUUUGGUGGAUUUCUGCAUCAAGAUGUAUUUCAUCAAUUCCUCUAUUAAAAAAAUUAGUAACAUCCGCUCGUAGCUCUUUUUACCAUUUACCUGCUUUAUUCACAUGAUCAUCUUCGCAUCCAUCAAGUAGUCCGCGACUAUGAUUAAGUUUGAUAUAUAGUUGCAGGUCGGGAAUUAUAAUUCUCGCUGUAUUGUAGUACUUAGACUUACGAUCGGUUUUUACAUUUACUUAUUUAUCGAUAACACUCAUACAGGCAUACGCAUACCACUCGUCCUUCUUUCUAUGCGGGCAAGAACCUCUACGUCUUCUUCAAAUCUUCAUGUUCAACCUCACCCCAGGCCCGCACAACGACGACGCGCGACCUUCUAGCACGGGGGAAGACCACCACGAGAGCAGGACCCAGCUCCCCGCGAUUGCGACCCUACCCCGCCUGCCUUCUGGUUUUGGGAACCCGGAAGUGUUGUAUCUGCCAAACAACCACGACAGCCGGGAUUUGCUGUACUUCUGGUCGCAGCUUUUCGAGAAAUUCGCGUACCUGCUUCCCCUCUGCAAGUGGUUCUACCACAUAGACCCGGAAGUGUACGUGAACAUCCCGGCGAUUACGGAGCGGGUGAAUUGUAUCCUCUGCAGAACAAGUAUCGCACUCGUAUGAUGAUAAAGUAAUUGCAGCUAUGCAAGACAAAUCUAGUUUUUCUACCUAAGUCAGCAUUACAAAUACCAAUUUUCUUCUUGAAAAAAUUUGUGAUGCAAUUAAUACGUAGUGCGAUACUUUUGUAAUGCAGAAAUUGCUUGGACGAGACGCAGCCGCACUACUUCGGGUUGUUGGCCGGGAUGAUCAUAUCAAAUGUAAAAAUGUCUGGGUCUGGAAGAGUGCAAGAUUUGUGAUGCAGGUUUUCCGGGACACAUGAGGUCUGGAAUGCGAGACCCAGCAUGACAGAUUCUUUGAGGUCUCUACCAUGCCUUUCCUGCGUGAGAAACUCCCCCUCAACUUGGUCAAAAGCGGACAGCUUUUGGCACUCACGCAACACAGAUUUUUGCAUCAUUCAGAUUUAGCAUGACAAGUUCUAAUCUUCCAGACCCAGACAUUUUUGCAUUUGAUAGAUCAAUUACGAGGACAACGAGAACUUCCUCAUGCACAACCGCGACGUGGUAUGACAGUGGCAGUGCACAACUCCCCCUCCCCCUCAUUUGUAUAGCAUGAACGGCAACACAAGCAUCAGCCCGAAUGCCGGUUUUGCAUGACAAAUUUCCACUGGAGUGUAGUGCUAUUUGGGCCACCAGAACUUGUCAUGCAUAAUAGUGACAGGAGGGAAAGCGUGGAUUUGGUAUUCUGCAUGAGAAAUGAGAACGAGGGGGAGUUGUGCACUCUCAUACGUGGGGUUUUUGCUUUCCCGGGAACUGGCUUCCCUCGCCUCCUACUGGACGAAGAUCUGUUUGAACCUGAUCCCGCCGCAGCCCUACACCUACCAGGGGAUCGGGUAUCAUAAGUAGAAACGUCCCCACCCCAUACUCAGGUUGGGAACUUAGCAACACAAAUCUAGAAGUUUUGGACGCCACGCAUAACAAGUUGCAGUCCGUAGUGUAGUACAGGUGCGUAAGGACAGCCGCAUCGCAAAUCCAUCUGCUCAUCCUGUUUUCAGUAUUACAAAUCCCAAAACACGACUAGAAAUGCUUCGCAUGGGAACCCGCAUUACAAAUGUUUCUGUGGAUGCAAACCUGCAUGACAACUACGGGGUGGGGACGUUUUUACUCUAGCAUAUCGGGUACGUGUUCGCGACCUGCUUGGCGGAUUUGGGGAAAAUCACGGUCGAGAAUUUCGCGGACGAGCAGCGGAAUUUCGUGCACGGGGAUGAGGGCCGGGCGAUGGACAUUUUUUUCCACGAAACCAACCCGAUCAUGCGGAAGUGUUUGUUUGCGAUCGGGCCGGUGGACUCCGCAGAGCAGUACUACGACAUCAAAACCAACCUCUCCUGGGCCUCCUGGCACCAGGGGGUAGACUGCAAGGGGGAGACGGAUAUGGGGCACUACACGUUUCGCGACACGGGUGGGGUGGUCCGGAGCUACUACCGGGAGAGCGUGAAGUAUGCAAGAAAAAAACUGUGUAAGUGUAAGUCUGUGAUGCAGAAAAUGCAAAACAGUUACACUUGUCAGGCUGGACAACAUGCAUCAGAGGCUGUUUACGUACGUGUUUUCACGUACUAGCCGCGCAUGACAGGCUCUCUCUGUCAUGCAGAGCGAUCUUGUGAUGCUAAUAUUCCUCACAAGAAAGUUACACUAACGUAACACAGUUUUUUCCUUGGAUAUGACGCUGGCCAUUUGGAAGUGUGGGCAGGAACGGUACCAGAAGUUGGACGAAGAAGAGGUGAACGGAUACUGUGCGGGCAAAUCCCCGCGGGACGGUAUCGUGAGGAACCACGUUCCCACACCGGUGUCACGAUGCGGCAUCUGCUAUACAAAUCUACUACCUUUGGUUGUUUCGCAUGACAAGUCUGUCUUCGUAGUGAUACAGUCCUCUUUAGCUAGUUCAGCAGCUUCACAGAUCUAGCAGAUCAUGCUGGUCUGAGCAUCACAAAUUCUCAAACACAGCUAGAAAAUGCUUCUCAUGGGGCUCCGCGUGAGAAACUUUUUUAGCAUGCAGAUCUGCGUGACAACUCUGGGGUGAGGACGUUUUGACUCAGGAUAGACGGCGAGGGGAGUGUGGCGCUGCCGUUCUUCGACCAGAUUGUGGUGAAAAAGCGACGACGUAAAGCUGCGGGGAUGAGCACUUCCUCCGGUGGUGGCACAGGAUCGUCCUCGUCGUUCUUUAGCUCCUGGUGGGGAGGAAGUUCGGGUGCAGAGGAUGGAAGCGGAGAGGACGACGAGGUGGAGGAAGUUGCCAAAAGUUAUCCAUCAUCUUCUCCCGCAAGUGGAACCACUCCUACAACUGCCUCGGAACUAUUGCUUCGUGCGCGCGAAGAGGAGACGCGGUCUUUGUCGAAACUGGUCUACGGAGCCCAGCUCCUUGCGUCGCAUUCCGUGGAUGUGCCGAUUUUCUCGGACUUUUUUAAGCAGCCAACAGAGAGUACAGAUACAACUUUGGAAGAGGAUAUCGCAAAUGACCCCGCCAGUGCUGCAGCUCCGGAAACCGCAGCGAAGGAAGAAAGUGAAGACGUAGAGCCUUUUGGUUACCUCAAUGUAGAGAAAAUCAUACCGCCCGCGGCAGAGACGUCAGAAGUUUCUACUAUGACAAAUGACACAGAGUACUAUCACAUGUCGCACCUGUCAGAGAAGAAUGCGGACGCAGCAGAGCCUACCGCAACUGUGGAUGAUGUUAUUGAAGCAAUAACUGGUACAGUAUCUUCAUCGACGAACGACGAGCUCGAGGUCAGCCCUCUAGUAGAAACUGCUAGGGAUGAAAUAAUAAACACGAACCCCAUCGUUCCCUGGUUGGACGAACCCGCGGUGGUAAAGCCGCCGCAGGGAAAGAAACAUUGGAACAAGAUCAAGAUCAACAAGAAUAAAGCCGCUUCAAACAGAAUCUUCCCGGAACAAGAUGAAGAUGCUGACCCGAAGAUGAGGCGCCACAUGGAAGAAAUCGAGACUAUGCGAGCCAAAAUUGGCGAAACGUUCGCAAAAAACCUCAGCAAUUGGUUCAACUCUGAGGACGAGCACGAGAAAAAUGCGACAAGCCAACUGAUCGCGACCACCGCAACUGUGUCCUCCGGCCCGAAGAUUUCCCCGGUCAGAUUACCGGUUUCGGACGAGAUUCUGGAAAACCUGCAGCUGCAGAAGAAACCAAAGCCCGACCCGAAGUUUUUCCUGUGCAUUUUCAUCCCGGUUUCCUUCCGGAAAAAGUCCUACAUCGACACCGCUCGGGCGGCAAGAGACACAUGGGCGAGGAACAGCUCUGACAUUGCGGUUUUUUUCCUCGAGCCCCCCGGGACCAUCGCGACGCAGGAGUCGUUCCGCGAGGACAGGCGCGUGCCAACCGUCACGUUCGAAGAGGACUUGGAGACGGACUACGCACACCUUCCCCUUCGCACCUUCCGCAUGUUCGAGGUACUGGGACGAAAUCCCGUCUACCGGGACUUGUGUCACUGGUACAUGAAAGCGGACGCGGAUUCCCACGUGCACACGUCCGCUCUGCUCGAGCGGCUUUCCUGCUUCACGGACUCGCGGAAGAUGUACUACUUAGGGGUGCCGUAUGGACGCGUCAGCUUUGAAAUCGACAAAGUUGAAAUGAUUUGUCAUGCAUAAAAUGGAUGCCAGUUGGAACCCAGUUUCCAAGUGGCGCAUGACAAAUUUUGGUGGUUCCUAAAUCCAGUUUGUCAUGCUGUUUAGGCAAACAAGACUGACUUUCUCAUGCUACUGUAGCAGCUCGAGCUCUAACCCCAAACAGGCUUACAAUAGGCCUCACUUGCCUGCUCUGCAACAAACGUACCGCGCGUCAUGCAUUUUAUGCAUUACAAAUUAUUUCAACUUUGACGACUUCGAUCCUGACACAUCCAUAUGCCGCAGGUCGCGGAGGGGCGGUACGGAAAAAAUUCGUUCUUCGCGUCCGGCGGCGGCGGGUACUUUCUUUCGCGGGGCUUGAUCGCGAAAGCGGGCAUCUGGUCGUCCUUCUGCCUCCUGGAAGCCAUCCGGGGCGUCGGGGGCGCGGGCAUGGAGGACGUGAUGCUCGCGGGCUGUCUGCGAAAGUGGGGCGGCGUGGACGUGGCGCAGUACGGCUUGGACAGCGAGUUCUCUACUGACACGCGAAGACACACAUCAUUUCGCUCGAAGGAGCAGCCCGCGAAGAAGUGCCGGUUUGUCACGCACAGCCUGACCGCGCGGGAAAUCUUCCGCGUGCACCGGUGGCGGUACCGGGGCUUGUGUUUGGUGGACAAACAGGAGCUGGAACGCGACGCACUGGUCGUGUCCUACUCGACCGCGGGGGAACUACUGAAGGCGCCGAAGUUUCGAACCGCGGAGUACCGGGCACUUUACCAGUGCUCGCUACGUCAGGUGGUGCCGGUGGUCGAGCACGAGCACGAUCAACUUCAACAAAGCGGAGGUGCCAACUCCAAAUCUAAUGCGGUUUGCGGGAGGUGGAUGGGUGGUACUAAAACUAAUGCGGACGAUAGUAUAAUAAGUACAACUUCUACUUGGGACGAUUUAACACCGCCCGAACGACCAGGGGGGAAAAAUCACGUAGAACAGGUCGCGGCGUCCACUGGAACGAUUUCACUCCAGCCUCUUCCCCAACUUCCGGGCUGGGAGUCCGAGUCGGCGACGCAGCUGGUGCAGCGCGCGUUGGUGCGGGGCGCCCGGUGCGUGGACACGCACGGUCGGUACUCUUUUUCACGGGACGUAACGCUUUUCGGUGGAAAUAGGGGGGAAAGUAGUGUGGAAAAGAACGGAGAGGUGGAGUUUGACGUGCAGACGCCAGGUGGAAGUGGCCGCCCUGUUGGUGCGGAUGAGGUCGCUGUGCCACAGUUUGUUCACUCGAGUAGCAGUGCGUGGAUUCUUGAGUACUCGAACAACACCAUACAAUACCCGAUGAGGUGUCUGGAAGUGGAUCCGCUCGGCACGCAGCAGUGCCUGGAUUGAGGACUGACUUGAUAGAUAUCAUUUUCAUAUUAAUUCAUUUUUGAUGAUGAAGACGAAGAAGGAUGUGUGCUGUUGUUACUUGAUUUCUGGGAAAUCCGCCUUAUUUGCCUUGGCCUGGCUCUACUCGAAGAUCGGAAAGAUAAAACCCAAUAUAUUUAUGAAUAAACA